AUGAAUGGAGAUGUUGUUGUGGCAACAAACAGGCACCCAUCGAUCGGUAGAGCCAUAAGGUUGGCAUUUCCUUGUGCUAAUCAAAAAAUAUCAAACAGACCUACCACAGCGCCGCGACUUCGGUGGCAUUUUACAAGAGCUGCAAAAGCGUUUAGCAAUGAUGAGUAUGAACUUGCUAUGAGAGACCUAGGUUUAGUGAGCCCCGCUGCUUUAAAAUAUGUAGUGGAUCUUGGAACGGAAAUGUGGGCCAGGGUGAAGGCUAGAACAUUUCGUUUUACUCUCAUGACUACAAACGCCUGUAAAACUUUCAAUUCUAGAAUAGCUGAUGUUAAAGGUAUUCCAAUCUGCCAUUUAGUCGAUUACAUUCGCAGGUUCCUUAUGGAAUGGUUCUGCGAACGUAGACAACUAGCUCGUGAUCGGCAAGAUCCUUUGAGUGAACAUGCACGGUAUAUAAUCAAAGAACGGUGGGCUGUGGUAAAAAGGUUUGUGGCUUGCCAUGUCGAUGGGGACGAAUAUGAAGUGGACGAGGGUGACUAUGAAGAGCAACACACCGUCUAUCUUGACCAAAGGUCUUGCACGUGCAACGUGUUUGACUAUCAGCAUCUUCCGUGUCCCCACGUACUUGCAGUGUGUGAGACAUAUAAGAUAAAAGAAGAACGCCUUUGUGGGUAA